GAUUACCUUGGUCACGUGACAUAACCAAACGCGAUCAUCUUGUCAGUGAAAAACCAUAGCUGAGGAAUCCCCAAUCAUCAUAUUUAUCUCGGGGGUUGGGAUAUUCUAAAGGGAACCAAUACAACAUUCAGAUGUUCGCCGAUAAAAUGUGGAAGUUACGGGAGAUAACAGAUAAAGUCACCAAUGUGGUGAUGAACUACUCGGAAGUGGAGACGAAGGUGCGAGAGGCAACAAGUGACGAGGCCUGGGGACCCCAUGGUGCAUUGAUGCAGGAGAUCGCACGCUACACCUUCACAUACGAACACUUCCCUGAAGUCAUGGGCAUGUUGUGGAAACGAAUGCUGCAUGAUAACAAGAAAAACUGGAGAAGAGUAUACAAGUCGUUACUUUUGCUGACAUACCUCCUAAAGAACGGAUCCGAGCGUGUGGUUACAAGUUCCAGGGAACACCUUUAUGACCUUCGAAGCUUGGAGGGCUAUACUUUCACAGAUGAACAUGGAAAGGACCAAGGAUUAAAUGUGCGACAGAAGGUACAAGAACUAAUGGAUUUCGUUCAAAAUGAUGAGAAAUUAAGAGAAGAAAGAAAAAAAGCAAAACGGAACAAAGACAAAUAUGUUGGAGUGGCAGGAGAAAGUUCAAUUGGUAAUAGAUAUAGUGACCGAUAUGAUGAGGAACCAUCCAAGCGUGACCGGAUGGACGAGAUCGAAGAAUGGGACAGUGGCCGUAAGACCAUGGCUGGAGAAGCUGUAGACAAAGUGAAGGGGCUCUGGAACAAAGUGCAGGGCCGUAAAGGACCAGAUGAUGUAGUUGAUUACAGUUCAAGCAAGAUCCCUGCAGCCCGCAGAAGCAGUUUAACAGACUUUAGUGAUGAGCCAGAAAACCGAUCCAACAAUGACCAGGAUGAUUUUGAUUUUAAAGACGAUGAUGAAGAAUACACAUCAGUUGAACGCACACACACUACACGUACAGAGAAGAUCACACACAAUCGAAGGUCAAGGUCAGCCAAGAAACUUGACCUCGGUGCAGCAACAACAUAUGGCAAAGACAAAGAUUCUGUCUCCCAAGUUAGUGGCAACAGUUUAACAAACAAUGGUCCAAGUCUCAUCGAUAUGGGUCUAGGAGGAGCUGAUAACUCCCAGGAGGCAGCAGACUUUGCUGACUUCAAGUCUGCCAACUCAAAUGGAGAUUUCAACCCGAGGGGUGCUGCAUCUCCACAAGGCACAGGAGAUUUUGCUGAUUUCUCACAAUUCCAGAGUAACACAUCCACAGCAUCAACGGGGAACAGUAAUGAGUUUGCAGAUUUCACAGCAUUUAACGCAGGAAGUGGAUCCUCUGCUCCCCCGCCAACUACGAAGUCUGGCGACGGGGAUCUAUUUGACAUGUUUGGCGGUGCCAGUGGUGCAAUGCCUGCCAAACAAACACCAAACGUCCCUAUGCAGCCUAUGGGAUCACAACCCAUUGCCCCAAUGGGUGGAAAUUUAAUGGCACAACCGAUGACAGCGAUGGGAAACUUCCAAGGUCAGCCUGUAAUGAUGGGAAUGGCUCCACCGUCUCAGGUUCCUAUGCAAGGAAACCCAAUGAAUAUGACACCACAAAUGCAGCCUACAGGCAUGGUACCAGGAAACAUGUAUGGAGGCAUGCCAAAUAUGGGCAUGCAGCAGCCAAUGAUGCAGGGCAAUAUGAUCGCACCUGGUCUCCAACCAAUGGGAAGGGGCUACUCAUCCGGCAUGGGCAUGUCAUCAGGAGGCUCCAUUAAGUCAGUCUCGAAGGAGGCAAGCUUGUCUAGUACAACCAUGUCUACCACCCACUCACAAACCACAGUCACCCCUAAGAAGGAUGCCAACACCUGGUCUAAAGAUGCCAGCAAGGUGAACAUCAGUUUGGACACCCUCAGUCCUGUGAACAAGUACCAGAAACAGCAACAGCCCAGUAUGAACCAGCUGCAGCAGCAAGAUGGUGACGGCUUAAACCCCAUGGUUUGGAGUCCAGAAAUGGCCCCUGGGCUAGUUUACGCUCCCCAAGGCAUGAACAACCAGAUGGUGGGACUGACCCAAGGCAUGUCUGGAAUGAGUGUAGGCCAGCCCCAGGUCAUAGGCAGCGGCCAGCCAGUGAUGGGCCAAGGCAUGGGUAUGGCUGUGAAUAUGCAGGGAGGAAUGGGAAUGAUGGGAUCUAUGAACAUGCAGUCCUCAAUGAUGGGGACAAUCUUCAUUCCAACAACGAACUGACCAGGCUUUCAGCGCAUUUGGAAAUAUAAAGAAAUAACCCCAUAAGAUGCUGUUUUAGAGUUGUUAAAAAUGAAUAUAUGGACCAAGCCUUUUUGUUUAGAAGUAUCACUGUGAUAUUUCUCUGUAACUAAUUUAAGAUAAGAUAACAUUUGAAGGAUUUGUUCAUCAGGACAUGUCUAAGCAUGAUGUCCGUUUGUGAAAAAGAUGUUUUGUUGGAUUAUAUUCCGUAAAAAUCUCGCUUAGAAAAUAUCCUACAGUGUCGAGUUGAUGAAGAGAAAUGGCCAAACUUUGAGAAUGUAAACAUUUCGACAAAGCAUGGAGGUGAAGUCAUUGUAGGAGGCCAGACUUUUAACAGAAAAUUGAAUUUGAUAUAUGUGACAAUCAUUCCACCAACAAAAUGUCAUUAGCACAAGAUGUCGGAACCGAUGUCUGAGUAGAGGGAGAGUCAGGUACAUGUACCACUAAACAUAUACACACUUAUUUUUGCACCAAGAGUAUGGAAUAUCCCUCAGUGUGAGGUACCGUUAGAAUAGAUCUAUACAGCAGUAUCUGUGUAUGGAUGUGAGAUUACUUCAGCGGAGUAUAGACUUGGGAUGAGGAGAGGGCUCUCAGGCGUAAAGGUCGGAGUGGUGACAGUACACAUGGAGGGCUACAUCUGUUGUCAUCGACACACGUGUGUAUCCUCACACUCUGUAUGUACAGAAUGAUGUGUUGAAUUUUGUGUGGUAUAUAGAAUAAAAUAGGAUAUACUGAUGUACAUACGAGAUAUUCAGAAUGCAUGAAAUAAAAUUAAUGGGACAUUUCAUUUUUAAUUCCAGUUAAUCUGUGAUAAUUUGUAAAAAUAGCUCAUCAAAUUCCUUGGCUGAACAACACAAGUUUCCUUCUUGGGAUAUGAUUGCGAUUGGAUUACACAUUGUAAAUGUUUAGAAUUUUAAUCUGUGACAAAAUGGAAAUUAAUAUUUUUUACAGUUGUAACAACAUGACAUUUCUAUUAAGUAUUUUUAAAAACAUAUUAAUAUAAAAAUAAUUUAAAGCUUGACCCUAAAUGCCUCCAAUCAGCACAAAAACAACAAAAAUUAUCAAAAAGUUUGUUUAUUAUAUAAUUCUGUCUACCUUAUCAGUAAGACUUGGAAGACAGCUCUGGACAUGACAGCUAAUACGUCAUUUUUCACUUGCGAUCGUGUUUGUAUCAUAAUAAUGCAUCUUUACAAGUGAUAUAAAGGGAAAUGUUAUAAUUUAUUAUUUUGAAAAAAGAUUUUAUGUUUAAUAGUUAAGUUUAUUUGUUGAAAAUAUUAUUUUUUCUACAUUAAGUGUUACCUAGCAGUGAGUCGAUGCUUCUGGUUGAGGCGGUAUACAAUGUACAUGUGAUCUUCUUUAUGCUGUAUGAUGCUUGCUAGGCACAAAUCUAUGGUUGAAUCUAAUGUGGUCUUGGUCUAUACGGAGUUGAUGGUCAGUGACUAUAUUGUUGUAAAUGAUCAAAAAUAAUUUUCCUUUAAAAAUCAUAAAAGUUUUCAGAAUUCAACAAGAAUUCAUCAAGAAUUUUUAUGACAUAAUUUUCAGUAAAUAACUCUGUAAUCAAAAUUUCAGGUAUAGAUCUUUUCAAACAGAGAAUUGUCUGAAAGUAAUGCUUAUUUUACACUCUUAUGUUAUUGUUUGAAGGUCAGUUUAGAUUUUAUCUUUAUUCUGAAUCCCAUAGAGCAUGGAGUAUGAAGGUGAUCAAAGCUAACAGAUCUUUUGUGACAAUAGUCAUGUCAUCACUGAGGUAUAUAAUAAAAUUACCUGGCCAUUGUGACCAGGUAAAAAGGGCUGGGCAUUCUUUAUUCAGACCAGGUGUCUUUCUUCACUUUAAUAUAGAUUCAAACUUGGUACUUUUGAAUCGGGAGAGACAGAACAGUAAAACGGACAAAUUAUUAUGUAAUAUAAACCUGUUAUGGUAUGUGCUGUCGUAACAUUGUAAACAGACAUGAUCCUUAGCGAUUGUUGUCAUAACAUUGUAAACGGACAGGAUCGUUAGCGAUUGUUAUCAUAACAUUGUACACGGACAGGAUCGUUAGCGAUUGUUGUCAUAACAUUGUAAACGGACAUGGUCGUUAGCGAUUGUUGUACUAGAAAUGAACCAGGACACAGGGAUCUGAAAUAUUUAUAUUUAAGUAAGAUAGAGCGUAUUAUUUAGACUUUCUGUUGGUAUUUACAUGUAUUAUGUUUUGUAGAUAAUGUAUAUUUUUAGUUGAUCAGGAUGUUGAGAUGGAUCUCUUGUAUAUAGAUAUAUACAUGUGUGUGUGUGUUUGUAAUAUAGGUAAUUCAUAGAUGAAUGUACUUAACUCUUCUAAUGAACAAAUUGAUUUCAGAAAUAUACAAAUCACACAAAAGUAAUCUGAAAUUGAGGACAUUUAUGGACCAAUCCUCCUCUUUAGUGUCUACACUGGACAAUACAGGUAUAAAGAUGAUAUGAUCUUGUGUUCAGUAGACUAGUCAAGCUACCAAUAACACCUCUGUCCCUCCCAGUGCAAUAUGUGUGCUUGUUUAGCUUGCAGUCCCCAUAUACGUAAUCUCUUUUCAGUAGCUUCAGUCUUCAUAUGAGUGAAAUAAACAAAAUUACAAAAUAUAGAUUAGAAAAAAUGAAGAAACUUACACGAGUUCCUGACAGGGUUGUAUCUUUCAUCACAAUACUUCUAUUAGACUGUUAACCUAAGUUUGAGAGGCAGAAUUAAUUUUACAGAAACUGGUAGUGUAACUGUUAAAAGAUAUAGAUUUGCUUAUCGUUAGCAAAGGAUGCUGAGGUAGUAGAUCAAUAUAUGCCCCCAAUCAGCUCCCUUAGAAAUCGUGGAUGUGAGCAAGGUUACCUGUCACAUUCUGAUGUUACUAAUUAAUCUAGGUUACCUGUCAGAUUGUGAUGUUACUAAUUAAUCUAGGUUACCUGUCAGAUUGUGAUGUUACUAGGUUACCUGUCACGUUCUGAUAUUAGAUUUUCUGUGAGAUUCUGGUAUUAUGAGUAUAUCUUUUAUAAACUGUACACUUGUAAAUACUGAUAAUGUGUGUCUGUCAUUGUUAUAACACUGUGCUGUUACUGGUAGCACAGAACAUUCAUGUGUGAAUGAAUAAAAUUAAAUGUAUGCAGAAAACAA